AUGAUAUAUAUCACAUCCGAUCAAUUCAAUGCCAGUAUAGAGCAGUUCAAAGAACUUUUGCUACUGGAUCUAUACUCCACUAUUCCAUUCAAGGUUCGGUCUCAUAGUAUUCGAUUGAAUACACCACAAGAAUAUUACAUGUUUAUGAGUCUCUUGCUCCCUGAUGUAAAUAUACGAAUUGACUUUACGAUUUCCUACCACCCAUUUUAUAAUGCGCCUAUCUUCCAUUGUCGUAUAUUUCUUAAUGACGAAACACUUUCGUUUGAUAUUGCACAUACAAGAUUAUUGCUUCUGGAAAAAUAUGACUUGAGCAAUAUGAGAAAGGAUAUGCCCGCAUUAAAUGGUGAAGAUAAUGUAGAAGUAUUAAUUGGUGAUCAUCACUUAUUACAGCUGCCAUGGUUACAGAUCCAUCCUUGCGAAACAAUGGCGACGGUUGAUAUGUUUAUGAACAGUAGAAGGUGCACAAUAGCGGCACCUGCUGCUGCUGCUGCUGCUGCUGCUGCAACAAAAGCAAUUGAAACACCAACAACAAUGACGAAAGGAAAAACGCUUUAUAAUGAGUACACCAUUCCCGUAACAAAAGAGAGCAUUGAUGAGAUUGGAUCUUUGGGACAUAGUCCAAGCCUAGAUCCAGUUUCGUCUACAAUUGAGUAUUUGACUUGUUGGUUCGGGUUAUAUGCAUUACCUGCUAUAUUCCCAUACUUUUCUCUACGGCCUAUUGCUAAAAAUAUGGAACUUUAA